AACUUCCGGGUGACAGCAAUCACUUCCGGAAUAUUAUGGCAACAUGGAUGAAACUCAGAGGAUUUUACAGUAUUUGACUGAAGUAGAAGAGGCGGCAGAGGAUGUUUUAGCUGAUAAACAACAGAUUGUGGAUCUUGACAUCAAACGAAAUAGGAAUAGAGAGGCACUCGCUGCCCUACACAGAGACCGAGAGCAAGCAGAUAAAGUGAAAGUUUGUUUCGGGAACAUGUUCAUAAAGUUACCUAGAGCAAGGACCCAGGAGAUGAUUCAAAAAGACCAGGAGCAGCUUGACAAAGAAAUAACUGAACUCAGAAAACGUUUGAAGGCAAGAGUAAAUCGCCUCAAUGAAUUACAAGGAAAGCCAGAGUUAACUGGAUACAACCUCUCUCCCUUAUCCAAGGAGGAACUGAGAGCUAUAGGCAGGGUCCUGGAAAAGUGAGCUUUCUGUCCAGGGUUUGCUGUCAUAUUAAACUAUAGAUUUACAGAAGAAGGCUGUUGCCUGGCUUGGACUGAAAAGUAACAGUUUUGUUUUAAAGUUGACAGCGCUGGGCUUUCACAGCUGGAUUCACUCUGAGUGGUGGGUGAAAUAUCUUUCACUUUUUGUAAGAUGACUUGAUCUAAAUCCUAGGUGCCUGUGAAUGUUAGUCUUAGGUCCAUCCAUAGCGAAAAUAAAAGGAGUGUCACUUUAACUUUGA